AUGCCUCCAGAACCACUGCCAACGCGCUCUCCAGAUUCUUUGGAAAAAGCAGUACUACUCCGCGCCAAGCAUGUUACCGUUGCAACGCGCAUUUUCCAUCGUGCAUUGUUCAUUUUGGACUCCGGAGUUCCGAAAAAUUUGACACGCCUUCCGCUUUCCCCCAACAAGAAAUUCGUAUUUGUCGAACUAGACCCGGUUAGCUUCAAACGACUUAUUCAUCUUUCUUUGAACUCAUCUGCUGUGGUUACUCUUAAAGAAGAUUCCUCUGUCUCUCUUCACCUCAUUUUCAAUCCGGCUAUCAUUUUCGUACACGCCUGCGCCAUCACCUCAAUCAUUCUUGGAUGUGGAAUGGUCCUGCUCAGCUGGGAUUCUCUAUUGAACCAGCUACUGUCACGCGAGGCUACUCUCAAAGGAUCAAAACUCUGUGUGUUCGUCGGCGUCGGAAUUUUCGUGGCCUUUUGCUGUGCUUGUCUUCUGCUGUAUUAUUUUCUCUACGAUGUGGCCGUUUACUUCGCCAUCGCAAUCUAUUUCCUUUUGGGAACGCUUGCAAUCGCACACGUAUCAGCGUUUUGGAUCCAGCAGUUUUGCGCUGAUGCCAGGAAGACGUGA